AUGACUUUAAAGGCCGAGCAAGGAAUACAGGGCAAAGCCAAAAACAAGCGAAGCCUCGAAUAUGUGCUAAAGAGCGGAUUAGCUGGAGGACUGGCGGGAUGUGCAGCAAAAACGAUAGUUGCACCACUUGAUCGCGUCAAGAUUCUGUUCCAGACAUCAACUCCCGCGUACGAGAGAUACAUUGGCAGCUGGAAAGGCUUUGUGUCUGCUCUUUCAUCAAUCAACAGUCAUGAGGGAUUCAGAGGCUUGUUCAAGGGGCAUUCCGCGACCCUCCUCCAGAAGUUCCCUUACGCGGCCAUCAAUUUUCUGAUGUAUGAACAGAUGCGAGCUCUCUUUAUCUCAUCGCCUGAAAAAGAGACACCGCUCCGUCGAUUUUUAUCCGGCAGUUUUUCCGGUGCUACGUCCGUUUUCUUCACUUACCCGCUUGAUCUUGUGCGAGUACGGUUAGCCAUUGAGAGUCGAUCACAUCGAUCAUCCUUGAAGAGCAUUUGCCGUCAGAUAUACCACGAACAAAAUGGUGCUCUGCAAUCCCAUGGUAUUGCAGUAAGAGGAAUCAACACUACGCUUUCUAAUGCCAUUGAGAAAGUGCUCCCUUUAUCCAAGCUCUGCAACUUUUACCGUGGCUUUAGUCCGACCAUGCUCGGAAUGCUUCCUUACGCUGGGAUGUCCUUUUUCACCCAUGACACUGUGAGUGAUUGGCUACGGCGCCCUGAGCUUGCCAAGCACACCACAGUCGCACAGAUUACCGAAGACGGGGUAUCACAACGUCCUCCACUUAAAAUUGGGGCACAAUUAACGGCUGGGGCGCUCGCUGGCACGAUUGCUCAGACUACUUCAUACCCCCUUGAGGUUAUUCGGCGCCGCAUACAAGCUAGCGGGGCAAUGCAGGGCGAGGGAGACUGUGUCUAUCCUAAGCAGGCUCUUGUGCUGAAUAGCCCCGGUGCUUCAUUCCUUCGUUCGCUUAAGAUCAGCCGGGUAGAUGUCACAGUGCCGUUGCCAGUUGAGUCACGGCCUCAUAUGCCUAUGCUUAUUCACUCUUUUAUUGAAACUUUUGGAAUGGAACCGCUCCCUGUUGAUGGUAGUAGUCUUGCAUGGCUUCUAAGAGCGUCGUGGAUUCAACAAGCCCUGUCCGACCCUUGUGCGCUCCACACCACCCUUUAUGCUGCAUCAGCCCACUUAGACGCAUUCCGAGGAGUCAAAAAUAAGAACAUGACACUAUACCACCACACAAUCGCACUUCAAUUACUUCAGGAGAGAAUAAAUGACUCGGAAGCGAUGUUCAGCGAGUCUCUCAUGGCUUGUAUUGCACCAUUAGUUUUCUUCUCGGCCCUUCUUGGCGACAAAGGGUUAUCCAAAAUGCAUAAGAUGGCAUUGAUGCAAAUGAUCAAAGUACAAGGGGGUCUCGAGCAUCUUGCCCUGGGCGCGUUUCUCUCAGGACUUAUCACAGUAUGCGUUCUCACCGAGGCCAUCAUCAUGGACUCGGCGCUCGAGAUACCUUUCUUGAAUAUCCCUCCCACCCCUCUCAUGCCUCCAACAUAUUUCACAUCUGCCGUCCUCCGUCGAGCAGCAAAUAGAGAGGGAGGUUACUACAACCUCUCUCACGAAGUAAUCGAGAUCUUUGAACAUAUUGACUUCAUCACUCAUGUUUUGCCGGACGGUCCUGGUGCCGUGGACAUUCGAGCCAAAUGGACAGCGAAAAUGGAAGAUUUUUCUUUGUCCAUAGAUUACCAACAAACUCAGGAAAAUACUGAUGAUGGGUCCAUCAAGUCAGACGCCGACGCAAUAACGAAGGCUUGUCAGACUGCGGCCUUAAUAUUCUGGUAUUUCUUUCUUGACGACGAGUAUGUUGCCUCAUUUAGUAUGACUGUUCUUCAACACCUCGUUCGGAAGCUGAAAUAUGCGUUAUCACGGGGGAGCAUGGAUACCUGGGUGAGAACGGCCCCCGAAGCACACACUUGGAUAUGUCUACUUGGGACGGCAGCAGCUCUGGAUAUGAACGAUCGGGUCUGGUUCAGUCUAAGGCAUGGUCAGCCGGUGAUAUGUAUCGAGAGUAGAGGGGCAUCGGUCUUUUUGCAGAAUUGGAGCAUGUAUAGUUGGGCCAAUCGCAGACGCAAUGAGAGGAUGAGGGCGACGGCGGAGGAAGAUAUUCUCCCGGAGGAAACACAAAAAAGUGACGGAGGACAAGAUGAGGAAGGAGAAGAAGAAGACGGAGAAGAAGACAGCGAAGAAGACGAGGGAAAUGAGGAAAAGAGGAAGAAGAUUUGA